ACCGCGCUGGCGAUCUCGCCGCCCUGCGGCCGUCGUCCAUCUCCGGUACAGGCAGCCCGCCAUGGAUGCGAGCCUAGGUCUGGCCGCGACCAACCUUCCUCGACCUCGGCUGUCCUUGGCGCUACAUCUGCGCCUCGCAUGGAUCCGGUGAUGGUGGGAUCGAUUCUGAUCUCCCCGCCGCCAGUUCCACCAUGGCCAGGGGAUCAAGGUGCUUUCCCCUCCCUAUGUGGCGCGCGAGGGCCUGAUUUGAAUCCUGCUACCCCACUCGUCAGGGAGGACACCGCCAUGGCUCACACCUCUCCUGGAUUGCUUACACUUGGCAUGAUCUCCACCGCACCUGGUAGGGCUUCUGCCUGCUCCGAUUUGGAGGCUGUAGAGGAGUUUUUCGGGCAGCUCUGGGUUGUUCCAGGGACGCCGCCGCCUUCCCCGACCUCAUCCCGCCACUGCCUCGUCUGGAUCCGCAAGGAUCUCGCCGGUUCCGGCCGGUUUACCAUCUCCGACUGCUUCCCCGCGCUGCCGGCGGAGCGAUUUCUCCCCGUUUCUCGCCAAGUUCGGGUGGGUCGUCGUCAGGAUCGUGCAUCCUACGCCGAGAUCCUGGCAAGGGGAUCCAUGGCGUCGGGUGGUUUGGGUCGCGGACGUGGUCGUGGUCCUCUACAGGCGCCGCCACCUCCCGCUCCACGCCUCAACCCUCCCGCCCCUACUAUGCGCCCGGUCGCCCCCAACCCUGCUCCUACUACGAAUCUGGUGGGUGCUGGGGCUCCAAGGGCUCAAUCAGGUCAAUUCCAGCGACAAGGUUCGCAAGGGCAGGUCCAGCAACAGCACAACCGCAAUUACGGGUAUCAACAGAACAACCAGAGGAGAUUUCAGCAUAAUCGUCCAGCUCAAAACGGUAAUAAUCGUCAGAACCCUGCUGGUCUAGUUUCUGCACAUGUGGAGCCUAUUUUGCCUGUGCCUGCUCCUGCUCAGCCUGCUGUCCCCACCCCUGUCCCGGAACAGGAACUCGAUCCUCGAUAUAGUAAGCUUAUCUGUUUCAAUUGUGGAGACCCUGGACACUUUGUUGGAAAUUGUGUGAAGCCAAAAAUUUGCUUCAUCUGUAAUAUUCCUGGUCACAUUGUGUACAACUGUCCGGAGUGGCUUAAGGAACACCCUGUAGCUGAUUACUUUGGUAGUGCCAAUUCUGGGCUUGGGUUCUAUCAUAUUGACGUCCCAGAUCAAGCUGAGACUCAAUGGCUCAAUUUCAGAAAUUGUGGAAUUGUUCAAGUCAAAAAAGGGGAGAUCAAUUUGACAGAAUUGGAAAAAAGCUUGUCUGGAAUCUUUUGCAAGAACAAGAGUUGGCCAUGGCAGAUGAGAGAACUUGAUUCCGCAAAUUUCCUGGUACGUUUCCCUCCUUGGAAGAAAGUGGAAGAGCUGAUCGAGUUCCCUGCCUUUGCUUUGAAGGAAGAUAGUGUUACUGUCAAGAUUGUCUCCUGGGAUAGAGAAGUGCCGUCUAUCUCGGAAUUGGUUAACAUUUGGGUGACAGUCAAAGGCAUACCUCCAAAAUGGUGUGCAUGGAAAACUUUUGCACAAGUUGCUUCGGUUAUUGGCAUUCUUAUGGAUGUGGACUGGCCUGUUCUAUUCAAGUCCUUCUAUGAAUCAGUUAGAAUUCAGGUGGCUGUCAGAGAUGUGUCCAAAGUUCCUUCUGGAAGAAUUGUGGAGAUGGAACAGAAACUGUAUAUGCUCACCUUCUUGUUUGAAUCUGCCUCUGGUUCUAGCUCGGGUGACGAUAACCCUCCUGGUCCCUCCAAUGUGGUGGUUCAACCUGAACCCACCUCCCUCAUGGAUACUGACAACAACUCCAUUCCUACUGAACCUGCUCCAACCUCCCACCCUGCUCCUGCUUCUGCACCUGGUGGCUCUAGAAGUUGUGUUGAAGCUCCUCUGGUUAUUAAUCUGGAUGGUGUGAGAAUAUUGGAUCAUGUCAGCUGGAAUGGUGAUGACCUUGCAGAUAGAGACUUUGCUGAUGACUUGGUUCUUGUGGAUAGUCCAUGCUCUAUUCCUGCUAAAUGGGAUUACUCUAGGUUAGAGGAUUCAGUGUGGGACUUUGACCCCUCUGUUCUGAAUAUGGAUGAACUAGUGGAAGCUGAUUCAACUACCUUGCUCGAGCACUCCUCUGUUAACCUCACAUAUUGCUCAGACAUGAUUAAAGAGAUUGAUGAUGAUGGCUCGGAGGCUGAUAGUGAAGAUAAGUUUCUGGAUGCAGAAGACAAUAUGACUUUGGCCCCAGAGAUCUGCAAUCAAAUCUUCUCGGCAAAGCGCAACCUUCUUCCUUCCUUGGACCUUGUCAACACCCCUGUGGUUCCUCAUAUUCCCACUCUGCCUGUGAAGUCAAAGUGGGGUCCGGUGGUGGCUCCUCGUAUGGGUACUCGCAAUCAUGGUGCGGUUAAUAUCAUGGAGAAGGCCAAAGAAUAUCAAAAGAGGAAGAACCUUGAGGUUCCUACUCGUGGUAAAGGGAAGAAGUUGGCUCGGUCUGGACAUGGCUUGGAGCAAGGUGACUGCAUGUCUUGGCAGAUGGAGGGUUCUCUUCGUGGAUGUACGUUUGGAGGAGGUGGACCAGUUGAUCUUGAAGAUGGAGCAAAGAAGAGGAGACCUGCUAAGGAUUAUUUGGGAGCCACCUUGAGUGAUUUUCGUAUCUAGCUGCUCUUAGUCACUUGGAAGGUCUGGUCAGGUGACCUUGAAGUUGGAGUGAUAGACAAAAAGUGAUCAGGUCGUCUGGGAGCCAACCUUUGAGUGGAAAAUGUCUCUAGCUGAUGCUGUUUAGUUUUCUUGGCCUUUGAGCUGCUGUAGCUUAUGAUGCUGCUCUUUUAUUUUCUUAAAAUGCUCUGUGGAACCUGUUAUAUGCUGUACUGAACGGUUGCAUUAUUAAUGGAACCGGGGGGGCGCCCCUUUUCUCUAAAAAAAAAA